UGAGAGUCUUACUUAAUUCAAAAGAAAAUUCUGGAAGCCCAUUCAGAAAUGAUUUAACACUGAAGUUCUCAUAGUGUGGUUCUAAAUCCAGCCUGGACAUUUCUCAAGUUGUAGAAAGAACUAAAGUGUGAGCUGGGCGUUCUCUCCGGAGCGCUUUCCUUCAGGUAACCUAAUCCCAGGACGUGCGCAGGCCACACCCGCAGGUGGGCCAUUCCACGCGGCAGAGCUGCGCCGGGCGGGAGAACCCAGGGGAGCUGCCGAGACACCGCGGGGGGUAAAAGCAGCGGCCAGACGGUGCCUGCCGGCGCUCCGCGGGCGACGACGGCUCACAUGGACGCCGGCCAGAGCAUCCUGGGUCACCGGGCGGCCGCCAGGGAGCUGCUGCAAGGGGCGGCCGCGGCCGUGAAGGGCCUCGGGGAAGAUCUGAGGGGUGCAGCGAGCCGGCCCUGGAUCCCGAAGCGGGAGGCGCCUCGAGAGGCUGCGGCGGCUGCGGGACACGAGAUCUUACUGCCAAACGAGAGAAACUUUCAGAAUGCUGCAAAAAGCAAUAAUUUGGAUCUUAUGGAGAAGCUGUUUGAAAAGAAGGUUAACAUUAAUGCUGUGAACAAUAUGAACCGCACAGCCUUGCAUUUUGCAGUGGGGGCAAAUCAUAUAUCUGCGGUGGAUUUCUUGCUCAAUCAUAAGGCAAGAGUGGAUAUUGCUGAUAAGCAUGGCUUGACAGUACUUCACCUUGCAGCCUGGUCUGGAAGUCUCGAGAUCACGCUCAUGCUUAUUCGAUCUGGAGCAGACCAAAGGGCCAAGAAUGAGGAUGGAAUGAAUGCCCUCCACUUUGCAGCUCAGAGCAAUAAUGUACGCAUUGUGGAGUACCUCAUUCAAGAUCUGCACUUGAAGGACCUGGACGAGCCUGAUGAGAAAGGAAGAAAACCAUUUCUUUGGGCAGCUGAGAGGGGCCACACUGAAAUGAUAGAAAAACUUAUCUUCCUUAAUCUACAUACUUCAGAAAAGGACAAGGAGGGGAAUGCUGCCCUGCAUCUUGCAGCAAAGCAUGGUCACAGUCCUGUGGUCAGGGUGCUGCUAACCCAAUGGCAAGAAACAAAUGAGAUCAAUGAGAAUGGAGAAACACCAUUUUUCCUGGCUGUUAAAGGAGGUCAUGAAGAAUGCAGCAAAAUGCUUCUGGCAGCAGGAAGUGAUGUCAACAUUCCAAAUAAACACAACAUCACUGCUUUGGAGAUGGCAACCCAGAAUGGGCAUACAUCCCUUGUCAGGUGUCUUCUUGGGGAGAAUGUUGAUCUGCACCAGAACACGGAACUGAAGGACUCCCCUCUUCAUUUAGCUGUUAUCAACAACCAUAUCUCAGUUGUGAACAGCUUAAUAAGGGCACAGCACGACGUUGACACCUUAAAUCAGAGGCGGCAAACUCCCUUGCAUGUUGCUGCUGAUCUUGGCAAUGUGGAACUGGUGGAAACCUUGCUGAAGGCAAGAUGUGACCUGAAGAUUGUUGAUAAGCAAGGGAAGACUGCCCUGGCCGUGGCCUCCAGGAGCAACCACAGCCUUGUUGUGGAUAUGAUCAUUAAAGCAGAGAGAUACUAUGCCUGGAAAGAGCAGCAUGGUGAGAACAUCAGGGACCCAUCAACCAGAUUUACUUUGACAUUCAAGCAAGAUCACAGUUUAGAGACCAGACAUAUUCGCAGUCUUCUCUGGAAACUGGCUUACCAGCAGCUUAAGGCCAACGAGUGGCAGAGGCUGGCCCGUUCCUGGAACUUUACAGAUGACCAGAUCAGAGCCAUUGAGGAGCAGUGGACAGGGAAGGGAAGUUUCCGUGAACACGGCCACAGGGCUCUGCUCAUCUGGCUGCAUGGGACCCUGAUGACACAGGCCACUCCAGUCAAGCAUCUGUAUGAAGAGCUGAUACGCGCAGGCUUCCCAGAACUAGCUGAAAAGAUCCGUUGGCAAAAAAACGAAACAGACUCAAGGUCCAAGAAAUGUGCAGUUUCAUAGAUGCCUAAAGGAAUUGUAUUUAAUUGAUUUUCCACUCAGCAUUUUCCUUUAAAUUCAGUCCUCUAAUGCCAUAAAAUUCUAGCAGUAGUAUUGAUUUUCAGCUAUGACGAUGGUGGUGACAGGAAGCUCUACCAGAUGAAAAAAUGGUAGUAGUACUUGCCAACUACAGAAAUGAAAGGUCAGAAAUUUUUUUUUUAUUUUUACUUAAAGCAAAUUGUAUAUGAUUUUUGCCUUUCUGUCAUUUGAUGCAAUAUAUGUCUAGGUUUUGCACAUCUUUUUUUUUUUUUUUAAAUGUUGGUAGGAGCAGCAUCCCAGUAUAUGAAAAAUCCAAAAGAUUUAGAAUAGACAGACAUAUUUUUUUUCCUUUUUUCCCCUUUUUUUUGACAGACAUAGUUUUAAUCAUGGUUUGCCACUUAAAAAAUUUUUUUUUACAAAGACAGAAUGUAUUAUUAGCCCCAGGGG